UGCCCAUGAAAGCUGACUGUCCUUGAGAGGAUCUACAGAUAAGAGUGUGAGAAAAUGUCUUAAACAGCUGUACCAAGCUCAAAGAGAUAUACCCAUUAAACUUGAGGCCGUGAUUGCUGCCAAAGUUGCUACCCCAACACUUCUCUGUCCACACAACAAGAUGAGAACCAUGGAGAGGGCUGCUGUUUUCCAUGGGCUUCUAGUGGUCAGCCUGAUGCUUUUCUUGUGUCACGGCCAGAUGUCCCAGGAAGUGUCUGCUGAGGACUUGGAAGAGGACAAAAGCGAGCCAGGAAUAGACAGAGACUUGAUUGAAGCACUGGAUGUUUUCCUGGGUAGGAUGCAUAAUUGGAUUUCCACAGAGAAGAGAGGAACCAUCCCACUGUGCGGGAUGGGCGACCGGUGUGCCAUGAAAUUCGGGCCACGAAUUGGAAAGCUCUGUGACUGCGGCAGAGAAGCCACCUGCAAUUCAUACCUGCUCAAGUGCAUCUGACCCACUCACAAUUAAAAAUUCA